UAUUGUCAGGAUGUGGAAUCCUGAAGUCAGCGCUUUGCCUUCUCCUAGGCUUUGAAGCAUCUUUGUGUGUGCUCCCUGAUCUUCAGGUCACCACCAUGAAGUUCUUAGCAGUCCUGGUACUCUUGGGUGUGUCCACCUUUCUAGUCUCUGCUCAGACUGCUACAACACCGACUCAAGAAGAAACGGGUCCAGCUAGCCCUGACGACACUGAUCCUGAAGACGUUACAACCACUGCUGCUGCCACCACUGCUGCCACCACUGCUGCUGCCACCACUACAACCACCACUGCUGCAACCACUACAACCACCACUGCUGCAACCACUGCUCCUAAGCGCUUUCCAGGUUUACCCAAAUGGCUUCAGGAUAUCCUGAGUGGUAAACUGUUACCCUGAGAUGGAAUCAGCCUGAGUCGUCCAUAACUGGUCACAGCUGUUUGCAUUUCAAGUGAUUUCAUCCAAUUACUUACCUUGCCUACUAUAUCUCCUUUAUCUCUAACCAGUUUAUUUUCUUUCAAAUAAAAAAUAACUAUGAGCAACAUAAAAA